AUGUCUGAACCGUGCAGUUCGCGUGAUGAAAAUGAUGAUAAACCCCGGAAAUGUAGCUUCAAGUUAAUUACGAGAAAGAAAAAAAUAACAAAAAAAAGCUCUCGAAUCAGUAUCGGAGAAUGUAAUGAAGCAAUGGCUAAAACUUGGGAAAAAGAGUCGUUCAAAGACAGAAAAAAUAGAGGUUCCAAACGAGAACGAUGGCUAUUAACACGAAAAACGUGGAGAUAUAUGGCAGAUGCUGGUAGAAAAUUAAUACCGGAAAAUGUUGGAAAUCGACCCGAAGAUGUACCCAAAAUCGAAGCAUACUUUCAAGACGUAUGCCAAAAGGAACCUAGAUUUUUACUAUGGAGAAAACAAUCAUACCCUGGAGCUUUGGGAUUCAGAAGUCGAGGUAGACCAAGAGGAAACAGAUUUAAAUUAGGUAGUGUCCGAGAAAACGCUAGUAGUGCGGACGAAGCCGAAAGUACAGUUAAGGUACCUAGUGUAUCAUUUUUGGCGCAUCCUAGACCAGCAGGAAGAUAUGAACUACAACAACUCAGAAAGGAAUUUUUAUUUGGUUCAACUGAAAAUAAUAAUACACUAUUAUCAAAUUAUCAAUAUCCUGAUUCCAAAUCAGACUUGGUUCAAUUUAUUAACGAUUAUAUUAGUAAUCCCGAAGAACCAACGCCAGUUGAAGAAUCUUCUUUCGAUCAUGAACAACUUUUGGAAAAACUAGAAGAUUAUAUAUCAAAAACAAAUGAUACACGUACGUCAGAAAAUAAUAAGAAACCUUUAAGAACAAGUAUAUUGGAAAGUGACAACACACAAAAAAAUCUAUUGGAAACUUUAAGGAGGUACUAUGCAAGGUCAACGAACAGAGAAAAAGUAAUAGGGGAUAUUUUAAUGGAUAGAAAACUGUUAGAAAACUUGUACUUUGAAUUAAGGAAAACAAGAGGAUUUUUGGGCCGAAGAGUAAUGGGUUCAUCGUCAAAUUUAGGACUUAAUUCUAUGAAUUAUUUUAACUCCACUUGGAAUGAUAAUCAAAGAAAAUACGAUAGAGUAAAUACAUCAUCUGAAUACCAAAAUAUAUUUAAUGAUAAAAAAAAUAAAUUAUUUUUAACAAAUGACAAAUCUUACAACCUAUCGUCUCCACCACCUGUUAUAGAAAUUGAAGACAUGGAAGAAAAGUGCAUUGAUGUUGGUAUUCAAACUGUGCCCUUGGAACCAGCAAUGUUGGGAUUAAUCGAAGAUGAGAGUAGAAGAAAAGUCGAUUCAAUUGAGGUAUCCGAUUUCGUAUCGAAAGUUCCUUCGAAAGCUGCACAACGCAAAGCCAGUAUAGAAAACGACGAUAUAUCACCAUCUGUAAGUGACACAAUAAAAAGAUAUUUGAGAAUGGCAAGAAAAAAAAGUGUUGAAUCUGAUAAAAUAGAUAGGUUUAAACGAGUGAACUAUGAUCGUAAUAUAAGAAAUAUUAAAGGUAAAGGAGAACCAGAUAUAUGUGAAGGUGAUGAUACUAAUAAAUCAAUACAAACAGACGAUUCGUGGAUUUCAAUUUUAAAAAAUAUUGACGACAAUUCUACUUCAAGAAUUACAAGUUCUAGGAGCAGUAUUGAUACUGGCACGACCUUUAGUGGAGAAGAACUGUUAUCACCUCCUUUAUCCCCACCGAAGUCUCUUAACGCCCCCGGAAUGCAGAAAUCAAGAUCUUCAACAAAUGUUCAGCAAGGGUUUAUAUCCAAACGUAUAUGGAAAGGACGUUCAAAAAGUCAAACUAGAACAAAUACUGUUGCAUCUCCUUGGACGCCAUUGGGUAAUUGUUUAUGGCUACACGCUAGUGGAAAAUCAAUUCUGUUAAAGGAUUUAUGUCUACUGGACUUAACCGAUCUUGAAAAAGAAAUACUAUCGCUUGUGUCCCUAAAUAAACUUCAGGAAAUAAGUCUUGGAGUUCCAGUACGAAUACCAACAGGAAAUGUUUUAUCAGCUGGUCCUAAAAAGCGAAGGCCAUAUCUUCUGAAAAGAAGAGCAAAUACCACCGGCAACUUGAAAGAUAAGGAUGAUAACGGUUGUGACAAGAUAUUAAAUCGUCAUUACAUUAUGUACACUUGUGCAUACUGUGACGUUCCUUCGGACUUCUGUCAAUCCCACGGUUUUGUAUCCAGGAGAGCAUAA